UGCUGGGGUUCAGGCCCCUCGGUUCUUAUUGUCCUCCAGAGAGGGAGGAAAGCCCUUCCCCCGACUCCUCAUAUUUGAGCUGUGCUCUCGGAAGAUAUGAUCCAGUGAUGACUCGAUCUAAAUCAGCUUUUCAAAUGAUAUUUUAGAUGUUUAGCUAGAGUCCCUGUGAUCAUCAUCAUGAAUUAUAAAGGCUGAGGUGACGUCAGCGUGAACUCGACUCCUGCGAACACAAACAGGGUUUAUGAAGCUCAUGUUUAAUGCGGGUUUUGUCCUCGAGUAAAGGCAAAUAAUGCUCCGAGGGCCGCCUCGCUUCACGAGCAGCAGCAGGACGGAGGAUGAGACGCCGGACUCGGGCGCGGAGACCGCGGGAUCUGACUGCAGUAAAAUGUCCUGCAGUAGCACUGACCUCUCGGCUGUCCCGGGUCAGGAGCUCCUUCUGCUCACCAUGCACCUGCUCACCAACCCCGGCACCUCGCUGCUCCUCCAGCACACUCUGGACCGCCUGCUGAAGUGGGUCCGUCCCGGCCUGCGCCUCUUCCACGUGUCUGAGCGGGCCUGUCCUCUUCAUGACUACACCAGAGCUAACCAGUGCCCCUCGGCUGGCCACCCCUCACAUGCCGUCACCAUAUUCUUACACGAGUCUUACGGCGAGGAGCGAAUUCUCAGAGUACUGGACUUCCUGCAGUGUCCGCCCUGGCAGUAUCACCAUACAGAGAGCUGCGGUGCCAGAGAGGCCGGCGUUCACUUGAGCUCCCCGUCCAGCACCCUCCUGAGGCCUUAUCUCCUGCCCAGCCAGGACUUCUACAGCCUGGGUGCAGGGAUGCCGGUGUGGGGUGUGCGGCCGGUGCACUACGGAGAAGAGGUUGUGCGGGUGACUUUGCAUAGCACCUAUGAUAACUUUGAAGACACUGUGCGUUUAUAUGAGACUGUGCUACAGAGGAGGGCAGAAGAGCAGAAGACAGGCUUUUGCUGGUUCACACUGCUCUCAGAAGCAGGCUUCAGCCUACAGCUGGCCAUCAAGCAGCUCUCCCCCGGGGUGCGAGUAGAGCCGUGUUACUCCAUGGUGCUGCAGUUCAGGGUGGGGGAGAUCGGACAGCUCGUGCCCUUACUGCCCAACACCUGUUCGCCCAUCAGCGCCAGCCGAUGGCACACCGAAGACCUGGAUGGCAACAAGAUCCUCUUUCAGGUUACAGCUCCAGCACAAGCCCAAGGCUUCCUGAGGUCUGCGUUUCCUCUGAGCUGUCCGAGGAUGCUCCUGAGGAGCUGUGUAGCUGGCAGACCUCCUUCCACCUCUCCCUGCAGGAGGAAGUCCCAUCUGAAGGAGCACUUUGAGGACCGCUGUGCCCAUAGUAUGAGGUCAGGCACAUGUGGCAGGGAGUGUGCCGGGUCAGACAGCACCCGAAGCUCUCCUCCAGGAAGCUCCUGUUACUCGUCCCAGCGCAGCAGCCCCGCAGGCCUGUCGAUGAACUGGUACGAGCCCAUGAUAACCUCAGAAACCUCCCUAUCCCACCUCCAGCUGGAAGAGGAAGAGCCAGAGAUGAAUGUGGACACGGGUUGUGCUGUGAAGCCGCAGGCUGCUUUAGGAGUGUCUGCUCUGCUGACUCUGUCUAGAGACCUGAAACACGUCCUGGAUGAGCCUCGGUGGGCCCUUGAUGAAAGCACAACGAGUGUCAUAGCAGAGACACAAGCUUCACAAUGCCACAGUCAACAUCAACAUGCACAAGUAGAUGAGUUCUUCAUCUGAAUGUUACUAUUUACUCAUUUCUUUGGAAAAGCAGCAAACAUUUACAUGAAUGCAUUUGCCAAAGCCACUUCACAUUGUACAUUGUGUACAUUGAGUGCAUUCACAUUGUAUAAAUUCAUGCAUUACCCGAAAAUAAAUAGCAAUUUUUUUUUACUUUGACAUAUGAUCAUCCACUCGCAUCGUUGAUUACAUAAUCUUAACAAAUGACAUAAAUAUAAUUUUUAUUUGAAUUUGAUUUUUUCUAUAGGAUUUAUAGUGGCAUUCAAAAGAGAAUGAAAAUGCUUCUAUUUUGCAUAUUAGUACAGAUUUUUCAAUGCAAGUUACAUGAUCAUCAUAACGUUAAACAGAGAUUACCUAACAAAUUUAAGAACAGAUCAUCCUGGGGGGAAGGGAUCUGGGUUAACUACACAGUAAAACCCCCAGUGUUAAAUUAACACUCCCAGUGUUUAUAUAAUCCAUACUCAUAGAGUUUUAAAGUAACAUAAGCAGUGUUAAAGUUAAUGAGAUAAUUAGUUUAGUAAUUGAGUGAUUAUUGAGCAUUAUUGAAGGACAAUUGCAGUUAACUAACUGAAUCACUGAAACAGAGAAACAAGAACAGAAAAAAUAUGAGCAGAUAUGCAAGAACUACUACUGACUUCAGCCCCAACCUUAGAUGAAAUCAACAUAUGAUAUAAAUCAAUAAAUCUCUCCAGAUCUCAGCAGAAGAUGAUUAAACAACUCCACAAACAGCAUACUAACAAGAUUGACUUUAGAUUGUGAUGUUUUAGUGUUGUUAUCAAGUUACCAUUAUCGAGAUCAGUGUUUGCUUAAGUUGAGCUCUUGACGCUUGACUUUAAACACUUGAAAUGAAAGAAAAGAUCUAGAAAAAAAUAGGUGGUGUCUAUGGCUCAGUAAAAACUUUUUCAGCAUAAAAUUACUUGUAUAAUUGACAGCCUUGAGAUUGAUCUGAAACACUUUUGCAACUUAUUCUGAAAUAAAAAUUGAGUUUUAUUUAUUAAACAGACUUCAAGAAUCAGCAUUUGAAUCUCAACAAUGGUGACGAUCAACAUACAGCUCCAUGUUGUAGUGCAUUUUGGGAGCACCAAUCAAAACUCAUCCAUGGCUCCCAGCAUGCUGCAUGAAUAAAUUAUACACCUGAACUGUCUUGGUAUUUCAUUCUCACUAUUUGCUUUUGUUUUGCAAUUUUUGUUGUACUUUUACUAGCAUUUUUGUGACGGUCACAGAUUAUCUUUUUUUUUUUUUUUUUUACUGAAUAUGUUUAUUGUCACCAUUGUUGAGAUUUACUCAUUGAUAAUUGAAGUGUGUACGAUAAUGCAGUUUGAAAUGUUUCAGUCCAAUUUAUUUUUACAAGUUGUUCAAAUGAAUCAUUUAAUUAUUGUGUCAAGCUUUGUAUUUCAGGUGAUUAUUAACCAAAUCAAGCAUUAAACCAAUUUUUAAUGGAGUAAUUAUCAACAAGUGACUGAGUUUAUACACGCGCACAGAGCUACAACAGUUAACACUAAUCACUGUUAUGGUGACACACAUUAGAGUUAAACCUCUGUUUAUUCUCAAUAAAAGCUUUUGUAGAUGUCUAACAGAAAUAAAGUCAGUCUGUUUAGUAAUACGUGGAGCUGGUAAUGCGGUUUGUGUUGAGAUCUCCAGAUAUUUAAUGUCUUCUUUUAUCUUCAAUUGAUUUAAUCUAAGGUUGUGGCUGAAGUCAGUUGUAGUUCUUGUGUUUCUGCUCUUCUCUUUUUCUGUUCUCUUCUUUCCUUCAGUGAUUCUGCUUGUUAACAGGCUUUUUAAGGCUGAAAUUACUUCAUAUUUAAUAUAUACACAGGUUUUGUUGCUCAGAUAAGGUCCAGUUCUGGUUAAUUUCUUUACUCUUGGCUGACAUGUGGCAUUGCUAUGGCCUGCUUGUGGCUCAAAUCUGGCAAACAGAAGCGGUCCGCCCAAGUGCCAUUAUUCCACGCUGCAUGUGGGCCAGAUCAUCUUUCCACGGGUGCAGUACUCUGGGCCGACACAAUGAUGCUAUUUGUGAAAUCAUUAGCACUAAACAUUACAAACUCAGAUUUUCUUUAAUAUUUCCCUCAGAUAGGAUGAUCUUUGUUAGGCAGCCUUCAUUUAUUUUGUGUAAUUUAUUGUGUAGCAUGCAUCAUGUUUAUUUUUCACAUUCUUUAAUCACCCACAAUCAGGGGCGUAGGAUUGGGGGGGGGGGCACCAGGUAUGGUUGUGAAUUUAAGAUACACAAUCUUCCAAGUCAUUAUGAACAUGAACAAUAAUCACACCAUAAUGUGAUUUUAUGGUAAUAAAAAAAUUAUAUAUACACAGUACAGACCAAAAGUUUGGACACACUUUCUCAUUCAAAGAGUUUCCUUUAUUUUCAUGACUAUGAAAAUUGUGUUGUCACACUGAAGGCAUCGAGGGCUAUUUGACCAAGAAGGAGAGUGAUGGGGUGCUGCUCCAGAUGAGCUGGCCUCCACAGUCACCGGACCUGAACCCAAUCCAGAUGGUUUAGGGGUGAGCUGGACCGCAGACAGAAGGCAAAAGGGCCAACAAGAGCUAAGCAUCUCUCGGGGAACUCCUUCAAGACUGUUGAAUAAUAAUAAUAAUAAUUCUUUACAUUUAUAUAGCGCUUUUCUAGACACUCAAAGCGCUUUACAUAGACAGGGGGUAUCUCCUCAUCCACCACCAGUGUGCAGCAUCCACCUGGAUGAUGCGACGGCAGCCAUAUUGCGCCAGAACGCCCACCAAACACCAGCUUACUGGUGGAGAGGAGACAGAGUGAUGAAGCCAAUCAGCAGAUAUGGGGAUUGUUAGGAGGCCAUGAUGGUCGGAGGCUAAUGGGCGAAUUUAGCCA